UAUUCUCUGUUUCAGAUGGUGCACCGGUUCCCGAAGACGUAGUCGUACACGAGGACUCUAUGGCAUCUGCCUCUGAAACCGGUCAAGAAUACGAAGAUGGAGACGAUUCCGAUAUGUAUAUGGAACCAGAAGCAACAGAAACAAAUGAAAGAAAUAAAGAACAAGAACAAGUGGAAGAACAGGUAGAAGAACAUGGGGAAGAACAAGAAGAAACGGAAAACGAAAAUCCUAAAAACAAUACCGAAGUUCCGGUUGAAGUACUUGAAAAGAAAGACGAAGUACCGGCCGCUGUUCCAGAGAAAACCGAAUCUAAGGAUCAGGAAGCGGACAACACCAAAGAAACUGUUCACACCGAGAUGACCGACACAGAAGACAAAAGCUUGGAAAGUGAUAGCCAAAAUUUCUUUCCAUCGUUCGCGGAGUUGUUCGCGAAUCAUAGGGUUCCUUUCAACGAGCAACAAAGGUACAGGCCCAACAGAUUUUUGGGAUACUUCCAACGCGAACGUAGUGGUUAUCAAGCAGCCGCGGCGACCGCGAAAGACGUCCAUCAUCCUCUCCUAGGAUCAGGAAACUUCGGAGUGAUCAGAGGGGGAACUUAUUAUCCUGAGGACAAGGAGACUGACGAAUACUCAACGGACGAUAGUGUGUACAAUCCUUACUAUCACGGCGGUGGUCGCAGCCGCGCGAGCUACUUCAGGAACCCGAAACCUCAACCGAUCCGUGGCGGAGAUUUCUUCGCAAACUUCCGGGACUUCGCCGACAUUACGGCGCCACCUAAAUCGAGCUUCUCUCACCUGUCCGUGGUUUACGCGAACAAAAACGGUAGCGCAACGGGACGCAUCACGGAACCGAGAAACAUCAUUGAAACGCUGAGAAUGUUGGAGGAAGAAGAGCCAGUCAGUGCUGAAGUGACUACGACGACGGAAGUGCCGAGGAAGAAGGAGAGUAAAGGCAAGAGGAAGCUGAUAAAGAUGAAGCAGUACGAGGAAGACAAAGCCAGAAGAUCUCGCAUGGCCGCGGAGCCUUUGUUGGCGCUCAGUUGAACAUAAAUUCGAGCUCAAGCUGUAGGUACGGUAGUGCGGAUCUCGGGAUCUUCCCAAAACGCGAAAUCUAGACACGAGAUCAGAACCAAAGUCUAAAAUGUGUCGUUACGUCCUACCAUCGGAGGAGUUCAAAACGACAGGAACGGAUGAUUCGAGAGGGCCAGACCUUUGCGUUUAUCUGAACAUUUUUUCAGCAAAAGAAUGCUGUUUGAAUUUUCUAAUUAACUUGAUUACGAUCGAGAACUGGGCUGUAUUAACAGCUCGCGUAUAUUUCCAUUUCCGCGGAAUUGUAUUCCGUUCCAUGCUCCUCGAUUAUUAAUCUUAAUGCGAACGCGUUCUGUCAUGACGUACUUUCCAACUUUCAUUGCAAUUGCACGAUUGCUUGAAAAUUAAGUAUUUUAUGCUAUUAUUUAAAGUGACACAAGCGAUCGUUCUGGUAUCAUUUCGCUUGGUAAUUAAACGUAUCGCAUGCUCCGAGAUAAUUUAAAGCUAGAUAAUUCAUGUACCUUGAAUCGGACGGAUAAUGAUACUCUGACAAUUGGAACUUAGUAAAAUUGACAAAUUGGAGUUUUUAACGCGCGUGAUUUUGUAAUGAAUAAUUAAUCGUUCGAUGAAAGAAAUAAUUAAUGAGGAAUGUACUUAAUAGACUUUAUUAUAAGUCUUAAUUCGAGUAAAAACGAGAAAUGAAUAACGAUUCAAGAUCACUUUCAUCGUCGGUCGAUUAAUUACGCAAUUUUCGCGUGCAAGUGCAAGUAUGUAUCCGGACUGUUGAAGAGAUCGUGUCGAACUCGUUUAUCAGCAAUUCACGGACACGUUUUAAAUUGAUUGAACGUACUUGUGCGUGCGUUUUCGUUAUGCUCGAGUAAACCUUGGCCCGACACGAGUUGCUGGUAUAUACCUAACGUUAAAUCUCCGUUCAUGGGCUGCGCACUCAACAUAAUACGUAUGUAUGUACGUGAUCACGUACGAUUAUGUCCAGUGCGAAAACAUGAAAUUUGCGUCGCCCGCAUUUUUCUCUUCUAGCAACGGGGCGCGAACGGGAUCACGCAGAGGGAAUUUGAACAGUGCCGAUUUCCGUUUACCAGCGGCCUCUUGUAAAUAAAUUCUAUCGCUCUGCCAACGCGUUUUCUUUAGUGUUUUAGCUAAAGCGUAAUUGGUCUAGCACAACGCGUGCAAUCAUUCGAUGAACUAUAUUCAUUCGUUUGACCUGAUUUCUACAUCUAUCUAUGUAGUUGUCGAAACGCGUAAGAUCGAUUGUAGAUAAGUAUUCUCUUUAAUUUUUACAUGCAGAAUGUCUAGCUGCAUUUAUUAAAUUCAUGAAGACUGUCCCCCCAAUUAAUUAUUAUCGGCUCAACGUAGAACUGUUCAUUAAUUUUCAUAAAUUAAACUAAUACUUUCUCAUAAAACCAUCCAGCUUUUAUUUAGAUAUAUCUGUAAGCGUUUCUCUUCACCCAUUGACACAUCUACAGAAUAUGCACGUCGAUCACUAUGACCUAUGUCUGAAAGUUUUGAAUUGCUUUCAAUUUUUAGACAAUAAUCAUUCUGUGCUUCAUAACAUGAAAAAUUACACGAACAACACAUGUGUCCCAUUAUAGAUUUUUGACGUAUUGUUAUUAGAUAAUUGUUGUUAAUUAUAUUAAGUGUAUCGAUAGAUGAUUGAAAACUGGAUUAAAUAUUUUGUGUCUCGUACUGUUCACCUUUUAUCGCAGGCGACACGACAGGUUUUCGAAAUAAAAUAUAUUUUUCCUAAAUUAUAUAAAUAAAUAUGAAAAAAAAAACUUUCUACGUUUAUUUCCUGCAAAUUGAAGACUUCGUUAAAAGUAAGUAAAUCAUUUGGAAGAUGAUCAAAUUGACGAGCUCUUUAUAAUCACUAUAUUUCAAGCGAUCGAUCAAUAUGUACACGUAAAUUGAUGUAGUAAAAACAUUACUAUAAAAUACAACUUCAUUCUGUUAACAGUAUUUAUGACUCACGUAGAACUGUGUAUUUGAAAAACGAGA